AUGGCUGCCGAGCAGGACUUUACCAAGCGCAAGCUCUGGGGCGGACGCUUCACCGGCUCGACCGACCCCCUCAUGCACGAGUUCAACCAGUCGCUCAAGUAUGACCAGCGCAUGUACGCUGCCGACGUCAAGGGCUCGAUCGCCUUCUCCAAGGCGCUCCUCAAGGCUGGCAUCGUCAACGAGCACGAGCAGGCCGAGAUCACGCGCGGCCUCAAGGAGGUCGAGCAGGAGUGGGCCAACGGCACCUUUGCGAUCCAGGCCGACGACGAGGACAUUCACACGGCCAACGAGCGCCGCCUGUCCGAGAUUGUCGGCAAGGACAUUGGCGGCAAGCUCCACACUGGUCGCUCCCGCAACGACCAGGUCGCGACCGACAUGCGCAUCUGGCUGCUCGACGAGACGGCCAAGGUCGAGGGCUACCUCAAGGACUUCCUCAACGUCCUCGUCUCGCGUGCUGAGAAGGAGGUCGACGCCAUCCUCCCCGGCUACACCCACCUCCAGCGUGCCCAGCCCGUCCGCUGGUCGCACGUCCUCCUCUCGCACGCCUCGGCGUUCCUCAACGACCUGACCCGCCUGCGUGAGAUGGUCCCGCGUAUCUCGGUCCUUCCCCUCGGAUCGGCGGCCCUCGCCGGCAACCCGUACGGCCUUGACCGUGAGCUCCUGCGCCAGGAGCUCGGCUUCCAGUCGAUCGGCGAGAACUCGAUGCACGCCGUCUCGGACCGCGACUUCAUCAUCGAGUGGCUCCAGUGGGCGUCGCUCCUCAUGAUCCACAUGUCGCGUCUCGCCGAGGACCUGAUCAUCUACUCGACCGCCGAGUUUGGCUUUGUCCAGCUCGCCGACGCCUACUCGACCGGCUCGUCCAUCAUGCCCCAGAAGAAGAACCCCGACUCGCUCGAGCUCCUCCGCGGCAAGUCGGGCCGCAUCUUCGGCCAGAUGGCCGGCUUCAUGAUGUCGGUCAAGGGCAUCCCCUCGACUUACAACAAGGACCUGCAGGAGGACAAGGAGCCCCUGUUCGACGGCGUCGACAGCGUGUCGGCCUCGCUCCGCAUCGCCGAGGGCGUCAUCGCCACAUUGAACAUCAACGCCGACAAGAUGGCCGAGGCGCUCUCCAUGGACCUCCUCGCGACCGACAUUGCCGACUACCUCGUCCGCAAGGGCGUGCCCUUCCGCGAGACGCACCACAUCUCGGGCCGCUCGGUCGCGCUCGCCGAGCAGCGCAAAGUCCAGAUCUCGGACCUCACCAUGGAGGACUGGAAGGCCCUCUCGCCCCACUUCACCGAGGACGUGUUUGAGGUCUUCAACUUUGAGAACUCGGUCGAGAAGCGAAACGCCAUUGGCGGCCCCGCGCGCAAGAUGAUCCAGCGCCAGGUCGACGUUGCCCGCGAGCGUAUCGCCGGCAAGAACUAG